AUAGACGUUUUUGGUUCAUUUUUACGUUUGAAUUUACAUAUAACUCCAGUAAAAUGUCCAAGUUAUCGCCAACUUUGCUCACUAUCAGUAUGCCUUUGGAAAUUUCUGAUGAAAUUUUGUCAAAAUUGCCUGCAAUGGAUCUACUAUCCUGCCGUAAAGUGUGCAAAAGUCUGAGAAGCGCCGUUGACCAAUCAGGAAACCAUCUCAACAGAAUCUCAUUUGACAUUUGUAAUGAUUUCGUUGCGAUGGACUUAAACGGAAGUCAAAUCAAAUAUACCGAUGUUUCUGGUACUGCAUACGUGACUUACAAAGGACGAGAAACAAAAAUCGAAGAAGACAAUUUCAUGCGAGCAGCGUUCAACGACUUGGCGAGCGUAUUGAAAAACGUGAAGAAGUUCGUUUUUCAGAACUAUUCGAAAGUAAAACAACAAGCCAUCACAUCGUCGAUAAAUGAUAUGUUGGAAAAUAAAUGUAUAGCCGUAGAGUCAGUAGUACUAUACAACUUCCCACAUGAUGAUAUUUUGAACAUCAUUUCGAGUUGUCAAGCUGAAGUGCUCAAAGAUAUUGUAUUAUGGCACCGCGACGGAGUCGAGUUAUCUGAAAGAAUCACUUGUCUGGACCAAUGGAAAAAAGCACGAACUUUGCAUUGUCGGUUUUUGUUUUGUGAUCUAGUACCAAUUGAGCACUUUUUUCACUUUGAAGAGUUCAGUAUUCAAAUUGACAAUCUCUCAAUGCCAAAUGCGAUUAAAAUUCGAGAUGACCUCAUGAACAAAACUACAUUCAAGACCUGCACUAUUUCAACUCACCAUAAUGUGCAAUCAAUUGAACUUGCAAGAAUAUUUCAACCGGACUAUAUGGGCGACAUUGACUAUAACAUCAAAUAUUCUAAUAACACUGGCACCUUCGAAAUUUCUUUCAAAUCAUCACUUACUAUUAGAGCACGGUUUGUUAUUAAAAAAUGCUGACAACAAAGGGAUCUUGUUUCUAUAUUUUCCAAACGACCAAAAUUAUUCAUAUGUGCAUUAAAAAAGUUUAAUAAAA